AUGGUAGUAGGGAUGAGAUUACGCGGUGGUCAUAAGUUUAAGAAAUCAGAUACCAUCACUCUUGAACUGGAGCCUUCUAAUACGUAUGAUAAGAAUGCGAUGAAAGUUAUAGUAGAUGGUAUCCAUAAAGCCUAUGUGGCAAAGGACGAAAAUGUUAGUAUAGGAGAUUUGGUGAAAAAAUACCCGAAUUAUCGGAUUACUGCUCAUGGGAAAAAGAACUAUAACAAAUCAGCGUCUUUAAACCUUGAAUAUCCCUGGAUG